AUGACGUCAGAGGGGUUGAUGAGGGAGGUAAGGGACGAUGUCCCUGGAAAUGAUGAGAGAGAGGCGAGUUGUGAGAGGAAACUCUGGGGUGGCGUCAUACACCUUAACAGUACCUACCGGAGGUUACUUAACGUGACCCAGUGGAGAGCCUUGAGAUUUACUAUUGCGUUGCACCCCCUUUUGCCCUCAGAACAGCCUACAAGGUGUCAAAAGAACAGCCUACAAGGUGUCAAAAGAACAGCCUACAAGGUGUCAAAAGAACAGCCUACAAGGUGUCAAAAGAACAGCCUACAAGGUGUCAAAAGAACAGCCUACAAGGUGUCAAAAGAACAGCCUACAAGGUGUCAAAAGAACAGCCUACAAGGUGUCAAAAGAACAGCCUACAAGGUGUCAAAAGAACAGCCUACAAGGUGUCAAAAGAACAGCCCACAAGGUGUCAAAAGCAUUCCGCUAACCCAUUUUGACACCAACGCUUCUCACAGUUGUGUCAAGUUGGUUAGAUGUCCUUUGGGUGGUGGACCAUUCUUGAUACACACAGGAAACUGUUGAGCGUGAAAAGCCCAGCAGCGUUGCAGUUCUUGACACAAACAGGUGCGCCUGGCACCUACUACCAUACCCCGUUCAAAGGCACUUGAAUAUUUUGUCUUGCCCAUUCACCCUCUGAAUGGCACACAUACACAAUCCAUGUCUCAAUUGUCUCAAGACUUAAAAGUCCUUCUUUAACCACCUGUCUCCUCCCCUUCAUCUACACUGACUGAAGUGGAUUUAACAAGUGACAUCAAUAAGGGAUCAUAGCUUUAACCUGGAUUCACCCGGUCAGUGUAUGUCAUGGAAAGAGCAGGUGUUCUUAAUGUUUUGUUCACUUAGUGUAUCAUAAUCAUUUACACACAUGGUGUCACACAUACGACACAGCUGAAUUCUUGGACCUAGGGGGCACACUGCGCAAUAUCCUCCAUAUGGUCAGGUGUCAUCGCUGUCUAGUUCAUUCAGAUUGUCUCUUCUCCUUCUCACCCCGUCUCUCUCAACAGUGUGAGUGUAUCUCUGUGCAUGUGGGCCAAGCCGGAGUCCAGAUGGGCAACACCUGUUGGGAGCUGUACUGCCUGGAGCAUGGGAUCCAGCCGGACGGACAGAUGCCUAGCGAUAAGGCCCACAGGUAACCUUGACGACUCCUUCACUACCUUCUUCAGCGCCACGGGCACCGGGAAGUACGUGCCCCGCGCCAUCUUCGUCGACCUGGAGCCAACCGUUAUCGGUAAGUCUUUUCACAGAAGCUUUUAUCCUUUGAAAAACACUUCAACAUUUACGACACACCUGCUAAAGCAAAUCUCAGAUGUGCCAGUACAUUCCAUUUAUAAAUGUGUACAGAACAUCAUCCACGGGUAUCUAGUCUUCUCUCCAGCCCCAUAUAGAAAAAUACUGUUUUCUCUUCCUCCAGAUGAGGUCAGGACAGGUACCUAUCGCCAGCUGUUCCACCCUGAGCAGCUCAUCUCAGGCAAGGAGGAUGCUGCCAACAACUACGCACGCGGUCACUACACCAUCGGCAAGGAGAUCAUUGACUCCGUCCUGGACAGGAUCCGUAAACUGGUGAGAAUGCUUGAAGAAUGA